AUGGACUUCACUCCUCCGCCCGGGUUGGAUCUUUCGGAAUCCAAACGAGCCAAUCUAUAUGCGGCAUAUUCAUCCACGUAUGGACUGGCCGUGGUGGCAGUGGUGCUGCGGUUGUUGUGUCGUACCCGAGUGUCCAAGGUCGGACUGUGGUGGGACGAUUACUUGAUCUGUAUUGCUUUGGCCAUGGUAACCGGAGAAUACAUCGACAUGAUCAUCUGGGUGUAUCGUGGGGUAGGAACACACAUCUACCCCCUAGGGAUGACCGGCUUCUCGAACUUCUUCAUCAACCUCUUCGUCUGCGAAAUCUUCUACACGCUGUCCAUCUGUCUGACCAAAUAUUCCAUCUUGAUGUUCUACUGGCGCAUCUUCGGCACCACCAACAUCCGUAUCCCAAUAUACGUCAUAUUCUUUCUGGUAACCGGCUGGGGGUUGGGAGUCAUCUUCACCACAAUCUUCCAGUGUCUCCCCAUCCGUGGCUUCUGGGAUAAAUCUCUAAAUCCACACUGCGGCGUGGACGUCAACCAGUUCUUCAUCGGCAACGCAGUUCCCAACAUCAUCACUGACUGGGCGUUGCUGAUCCUCCCCAUGCCAUACAUCUGGCGACUCCACAAGAACACCGCCCAGAAGAUAGCCAUCAGCAGUGUCUUUGUUCUCGGAGGGUUUAUCUGCGUCAUUUCUAUCGUCAGAUUAGUGAUCAUGCUCGACUCAUACCGAGUCCCCUCGAUCGAUGUAACGUGGGUAUUUAUCGGUCCCUCGACGUGGACGGCAGUGGAGACUAACAUCGGAGUCGUGUCUGCGUGUCUGCCAUCUCUUCGUCCUUUACUUCGUCUGUUGGACCGUGACCACGGGACGCAGGAUAGUGAUUCUUCACCUAAGAAAAGCGCUCACUCGUAUGGAACGUUGAGUUCCACCGGGAAGCGCAGUAAACGAAGUAAAAUGCAGAAUGACUCUGAGCUGCAUUUGUCUACGAUUGACGUUACGACAACGGUAGACAUUGAGGAAACAUAUCGUUAUUAG